CGAAAAUGAAAAAUCCAGAAAAGAAAAAAAAAAAAAGGGAAAAAGAAGAAGAAAGGGAAAAUAUAAAUACAGAGAGAGAGCCUGGAAUGCGUUCUCUGUUUCUGGUAUUUACAAAGUGCCCAAUUGCAUAAACACAAUAUACAAAUCCAGACCUACCCCUCUCUCUCUCGCUUCUGGAGAUUUGGAGAAUUGCGUCGGCUGCGAUCGGGGAGCCGGUGACGGAAUCGCGGCGCUUUCCGGCGAGGUAAGAUUUUUCGUGAAAUCUUGCUGUGGCCGUUUCACGGUACGGUGUCGUUUUUGAUAUGUGAGCAUUAUUUAGGAUUGUGUUGCGUCAGAUCUGGUAGGUUUUGACUUGGGGAAUUUUGUGUAUGGGAGGGUUAGGGUUUUUUACGGGUCGGAUUUGGUGAAUUUGGGAUGAAUUGAAGGGAGAGGUUUGGGGAAUUUAGGGGUUCUUGAGAGUGGUGGAUGUAGAUGGACGAAGGUGUGAGAUCUGUUGGCCCUUCUGGGGUGUUGGUGAAGAAUAGGAAUUCUUCGGGGUGUUUAAUUGUGAGGAAGAAGCCCGAUGGGGUUAGUGGUGGCGUUGGUUCUUCGAGUUCUCGGAAGGUUUUCGAAUCGAGGAAGGAGAAGAAGAGGUCGAGGUUGGUGAUGAGUGAUUCAGGGUCGAGUGAUGAGCUGUUGAUGCCGAGGAGGAAAGUUGGGCCGGAGACUAUUCGGGUUUGUAAUGGUUUGGACAAGGGCAUUGUGGAAGGGAGCGGAAUGGUUCCGAAGAGGGAGAGACUGGAGCAUGGUAGGCGGAAUGAGGAUGGUAUGAUUGGUACAAAUUAUUUGGAUGAUGGGGGAGGAAGGAGAACUAAUUUGGAGGUGUUUGAGUUCAAUGAGUAUGAUGGGAUUGAGGGACAACCGAUGCGGAGGAGUCGGUUCGGCGAUGGAGUUAUCGGAGUUGAUUUUGGGGAGAGAAGAUAUGCGGGUGUACCCCGAGGUGGCAUUAAGAGGGAAUUUGAGACUGGUUCAAGUAGACAUCUUGUUGACAAGAGAAAGAACCUGUAUCAUGACCGGACAAGUAGCUUGAACCGGGGAGAUCGCGCUGAUAGGGUUAGGUACGAGAUGAGUGGCGAUGGAGCUCAGCUGCCCUUAUUGAGAGACAAGUACAUGGGUGUUUCAGAUGAACCCAUUAGGGUCCAGGGUAAAAAUGGUGUUUUGAAGGUGAUGGUGAAGAAGAAAAACAAUGUGCCUGGGCCACUAGGGAACUAUAGUUUUCCAAAAUCUGAAGAACAUAGAAAAGCUCCAAGAAGUGAGGAUAUUUCCAAGAAGAAUGCUAUCAUCCCUCCAUUUUUCGCAGAACCAAAGCUUCCUGAGAAACCUGUUUCAGCUGUUAGGACAGAGAAAAACCAUGUGAAUUUGCGAAAAUCAUUGCCCACUAAGAACAGCAAGAGCUCUGACUGGGAUUCGGAGGACAGUGAUACCUCAUUGAAGCUAGCAGCAAAGAGUGCCGAAGCCUCUAAACCUAUGAAGAGGGCAGGUUGCAAAGUUGAAGAUGGUCCUUCAUCUGAAAAGACCCCUCCAGCCAGAAAUAAAGAAGUCAAACUUAAACGUGGUAGUGGCACAGAGAAGCAGAAACUGCGUGAACGGAUAAGGGAGAUGCUCCUGAAUGCAGGCUGGACCAUAGAUUAUAGGCCUAGAAGGAACAGAGACUACCUGGAUGCUGUGUACAUUAACCCAUCAGGUACAGCUUACUGGUCUAUCAUUAAGGCUUAUGACGCACUUCAAAAGCAAAUAAAUGAGGAAAAUGAGGCUAAACGUAAUGGGGAUGGUUCUUCACUUGCACCUAUAACUGAUGAUGUACUCAGUCAGUUAACCAGGAAAACUCGAAAGAAGAUGGAAAAAGAAAUGAAAAGGAAGCAAAGAGCUGACAGUGACAGUGAGAAUGCAAAAGGAGUACGUGUGAAAAAAACUAAAAGUGCCAAGCAUGAUCCAGAGAGCAUGGACAGUGUUAGUUAUGAGGAGAAACUAAGCUCCUACUUGAAGCAAGGUGGUAAGUCAUUCAAGGGUAGAAUGUAUGAAAACGGUUUGGAUUCAAAUGGUCAGAGUUCCUCUCAUCAUUUACAUGGCACUGUUGAAAAACCAUCUUCUGGAUCUAGUUCUCAUAUGCCACAUGGAAGGAAAAGUAGAAAGCUUGGUAGAUGUACUUUGUUGGUUCGUAGUUCUAAAAAGGGGCCUAACUCGGAAAGUGAUGGCUUUGUUCCAUAUACUGGAAAACGAACAUUGCUCUCCUGGCUGAUUGAUACUGGAACUGUGCAAUUGAGCCAAAAGGUGCAGUAUAUGAAUCGGCGAAGAACUAAAGUAAUGCUGGAGGGCUGGAUUACAAGAGAUGGCAUUCACUGUGGUUGCUGUAGUAAGAUCCUCACAGUCUCGAAAUUUGAGAUUCAUGCAGGGAGCAAAUUGCGCCAGCCAUUUCAAAAUAUAUGCUUGGACUCUGGGGUUUCCCUUCUGCAAUGUCAGAUAGAUGCAUGGAAUAGACAAGAGGAUAUUGAACGCAUUGGUUUCCACUCUGUACAAGUUGACGGUGACGAUCCCGAUGAUGAUACUUGUGGCCUCUGUGGAGAUGGUGGGGAUUUGAUCUGUUGUGAUGGCUGUCCUUCAACAUUUCAUCAGAGCUGCUUGAACAUACAGAAGCUUCCUCCAGGUGAUUGGCACUGCCCAAAUUGUAUUUGCAAAGUUUGUGGAAUAGCUAGUGAGGUUGUUGCUGAAGAGGAUGAUGCAACUGUUUCUGCACUACUGGCUUGUAGUCUCUGUGGGAAGAAAUGUCACAUAUCAUGCAGUCAGGAGAUGGAUGCUAGUCCUGCUGAUUCCAAUAGUUCAGGCUCUUCCUUUUGUGGGCAGAGAUGUAGAGAGCUCUUUGAGAAUUUGCAGAGAUGUCUCGGGGUCAAACAUGAACUAGAAGCAGGAUAUACGUGGUCACUUGUAAAGAGAACAGAUGUAGAUAGAGGAUUUCCUCUGAGGGUUGAAUGCAAUUCUAAGCUCGCUGUUGCAUUGACUGUUAUGGAUGAAUGCUUUUUGCCUAUUGUUGACAGACGGAGUGGGAUCAAUUUAAUCCAUAAUGUUCUAUAUAAUUGUGGAUCAAACUUCAAUCGGCUGAACUACAGUGGCUUCUACGCUGCUAUUUUGGAGAAAGGUGAUGAAAUAAUAUCUGCCGCUUCUAUCAGGUUUCAUGGUACAAUGUUAGCAGAGAUGCCAUUCAUCGGAACUCGUCACAUAUACAGGCGACAAGGGAUGUGUCGUAGGCUUUUCUGCGCCAUUGAAUCGGCUCUCUGCUCCCUGAAGGUUGAGAAGUUGGUUAUCCCUGCAAUUGCGGAACUCAUGCAUACAUGGACGGGUGUUUUUGGUUUUGUUCCUCUUGAGGAAUCAUUCAAGCAAGAAGUGAGGUCAAUCAAUAUGUUAGUCUUCCCUGGUAUAGACAUGCUACAGAAGCUGCUGGUGGACAAAGAAAAUGAGACAAACAUGACAGGUGUAAAGAAAAUGGACGGCAUAGGCAAGGAUUGUAUAAAGCCUGGAGGAGGAGGCAAAUCUGAUAUUGGUUCCCCAGCUAGUCUUGAUCAUCAUGGGAGUGAUGGAGCUGGUAUGCUUCAUAUCAAUGAAAUUGUAGAUGAAGCUGCUGAUGUGGACUCUGGUUCUCGAUGUCUAGGUGUCUCCUUAAAUGAUACUCCUGUAAUGAGUGGCUCUUUGGAUGCCUCUGAUGAACUCAAAAAUUUAGAUUCAACUGGAAGGAGUAUGUCUUCCGAGUCUCCUGCCGGUGACCAAUUAGCUGGAUCUACUUCUGACGGGAAAUGCCUUCCUAAUACAAGCCAUGAAGUUCUCGAGAUAGGAACUAAACCACUGCUGGAGUCUCCUGUUGAGGAUAAUAUGCAGUGUAAUUCCAAGUGUCCUAUUGUUUCUUCAAAUAAUAUUUCCAUGUUGAAUGGUGGUUCAUUAGAUGCUUCUCAUGAACAAAACAAUCAGAUUUCGAUCAAUGGGACUCUGUCUGCUGACUCUGAUUCAGGUGCUAAGUUAGCUGAAUAUGGUUCUGAAGCAAAAUUCCCAUCUCCCCUUGAAAGAAGCAGUGAAGCUGUAGACACUGCGCCUGUUGAAGAUAAUGUCUUGUCUACCUCGCAGUGUCCUGCUGCCUCAUUAAAUAAUACUUCCAUCAUAAGGAGUAAUCUAAUGGAAGCUUCUCAGGUUCCCGCUAAGGGGACUGCAUCUUCCGACUCCAAUUCAGUUGCCAAGUUAGAUGAAUACACUUCUGAAGCAAAAUGCCAGUCUCCCUCUAAAACAAUUGAUGAAGCUUUAGAGAUUGGAAAUGAAACAAUACUGCAUUCUCCAGUUGAAGUUAAUAUGCAGUCCACCUCUCAAGGUCCUGGUGCUCCAUUAAAUAAUACUUCCAUGUUGACUAGUAGCUCAUCAGAUGCUGCUUCUCAUGAACUUAAGGUUUUGGAUUCAACCAAGGGGAAUCCAUCUUUUGACUGUGAUUCAGGUGCCGAGUUAACUGAACACACUUCUGAAGUGAAACGCAAGUCUUCCCCUGUUACAAGACAUGAAGUUCUAGAGAAGGAAAAUCAACCAGUGGCAGAUUCUCCCAUUGAAGAUAAGAUCCAGUCUACCUCUCAGAGUCCUGAUGCUUCGUUAAAGGAUACUUCCAUGUUUAGUAGUGGUUCAUUGAAUGUUUUCCAUGAACUCAACAUUCAGCCUUCAGCCAAGGGGACUCCAGCCAACUCUGAUCAAGGCGCCAAGUUAGCCGAGUACACGUUGGAUGCAAAAUGUCAGUCUUCUCCGGAUACAAGUGAUCAUCAAAUGGUGGGAGUAAAAACAUUCCUGGAUAAUUCUUCAAGGUGCUUGAAAGAAAGUGCUUCUGAUAAUUCCCAAGAAGAGAAUGUUGACAGGGCCUCCCUUGAGCCUGUUCCUUUUUCAGGAGAAACUUUUGCUGGGAACAGUGAGGAAGAUGGAAAUCCAAAUUCGAGUUUCUGUGAGACUGAGAAACAAUCAUACGUGGCUCCAGAAGUUGCUUCUGAUGCAGUGCAUUGUGAAAAGAGCAUCCCUAAAGCAUCUAGGGAUGGCUCCGCUACUGAUUCUGGGAGGGAUGAAUCUGGUUCUGUUUGAUAUUGUUGCUGAUUUUUUUAUGCCAAUCCACCCAUGUCCUCUUCCAAUGUGGGAACGCCUCAUUGUUCACAAUUUUGCAGGCCACUGGAGGCCUGGAGCUGAUGGUGUAUGCCCUGAUUCGGAUUGGGUGAAUAAGUGGUAUUAUUACAACUACAAAGAAAUCCUAGCCUUUAGCCAUAGCCUUUAGCCAUAUUCUCAGUAUGGUUUUAAAGUUCUAUAUCCAACUUAACUGGACCUUGAGAUUUAUUUUUAUCCUUGGAAGUUGCAAGAUGUGCCUUUGUUGCAUCUAGGAUUCUGUCAUGUACAAUUAAGUGGUGAAGCUGCUGCUAAGAAAUGCCACCUUGAUAGUCCUAGGUAUGUCAAUUAGUAUACUGAUGCUACCUCGUUGUGUUAUCCGUAGAAAGAGCUUAAGGUGAAGUUUGGAAUUUCUCCAAUGUUAGCUCGUCAUUUGGUGGUUUCAGGUUAUUAGAACCUUUGCUCCUACUGUCUGGGCAGCAUUAAAGUUGCAUCUCGGCCACAAUUUUGAUUGUUCAACUGGUUGGGAAGCAGUGAAUUCUCGUCUAGUUCUGCAGCUCAGACCAGUAUGGGGCUUGAUCAUCUGUUUUAAUGGUAUGUGCAUGAUUGUCAAUCUGAAUGGCAAUGGGAAAGGUGUUCUGCCAUUGAAAAUAGAUCUUCCAUGCAUUUGUGUGAAUUUCUCAUAAGAUUUCCGAAUCACUCACUAGCUUUGUAGAUUUAUUGGACUCGGAAUCAAAUUGCUUGCAAGAUUAGAGGAGACUUUCUGUGUAUAUGACUGUUUCUCAUUACUUUUGAGCUCAUUAAGUUUUGUUUAUCUAGCUUCUCUCGUAUUAA